AGGCUGGGAAAGGAUUUUCUUUGUCUUCUGCAUCACCAUCUUCCUCAUCUUUUCUUUCUUAUCCAUGGCGAAUAGCUCAUAACAGAAUUCACAAACAGCUCCAGCUGGAAUCCCCUCUCUCUCUCUCUCUCUUUCACGUAAGAAUAGUUCGAUCGAUGAGGAGAGAAGCAAUGAACUGGAUGUUUUGAAGAAGGAGACGAUAAUAUAUCAUCAAGAGAGAUAAUAAUUAGAAAGAAGAUGAUAAACGAAGAUUCAAGAGAAGGAUAUUACAAAGCCAAGCAAGAGGGAGGUACCAUCAACAACAACACUGAGAAAUUCUCGAAGGUACCAAAUUCAAGACAGUGGCCAGGGUUCAGAAAUCCAAGAAUUGUGCGAGUUUCUCGAUCUUUCGGAGGAAAAGAUAGGCACAGCAAGGUUUGCACCAUAAGAGGACUAAGAGACAGAAGGAUUAGGCUAUCAGUACCAACAGCAGUUCAGAUUUAUGAUCUUCAAGACAGGCUUGGACUAAGCCAACCCAGUAAGGUCAUAGAUUGGCUGCUUGAAGCCACAAAGUAUGAUAUUGAUAAGCUCCCACCUCUUCAAAUUCCUCAUGGUUUCCCUCAAUUUAAUACACAAACCCUACUUCCUCAUCAUCAUUAUGAACCGGCAAUUUCCUUGCACUCUUCUCUUGAUAUAGGAUCUGUGUUUGAAAAGGGAAAGUGGGCCAAGGCAAGUGAAGGAGGAAAUGAAGAUGGGUUUGGUGAGAUUCCAUUUCAUCAGAAGAAUUUUCCCUCUGGGGCUCAGCACUACAAUGGCAUGCUAUGUAAUUAUAACCCCCAUCAUUUGGAACCUGCAAGUCUAUCUUUAUCCCAAUUUGGAAGCCAUGGAUUGGUGUUUCCUCCACAGACGGAAUAUGCAAAUACUCAAAGCAGUAGUGGCAAUGGCGUACAAUUUUCAUCUUGUUUUCCUGCUGUAGUACCACCAUCUUCUGGUUCUAAAUUACUGUUUUGCCCAUCUUCUUCUUCUACUUCUGCCACAGUACCUUCGUUUUUUCCUCCACAUCAGGUUGCCACCUCAGCAGAAGACAAUGAUCCGAGAGGACAGUUCAACAACCAUGUUCAUCAGUUGCUGAGCUCCUCUAGUUCUCAUUUACCGACAGCUCCUAAUUACCCUCACAUUUCAUGUCUGAAACACCUCCCAGUACCAUUUACUUCUAAGCUUCUAGAUUCAGAUCAUAAUCAACCACCAAAGGAAAGUACUCUUUGAUGCAUAUCUCAUAGUUGAUUGUAACUGUUAACACAGCUCCGCUGUGCGUGUUGAAGGAUAUGAGUACAAGAACAGCAAUGGGCAAAUGCAUGCUUACUUCUCUUGGAUAUUCUUCAAAGCAGUUUAUCAAGAUGCUGAAGCACAUAAACUCCGCUGUGGAGCUAUAUGGUGAACGCACGCACGCUUGUAAGUAUGGCAUUAAUUGCUAUAUAUAUAUAUAUAUAUAUUUGGGAUUAUGUUUGAAUCUUUGCGGUUUUUGGGUGCUAUAUAGACCAUAUGUUGGCAAAACCAUUGUGGGUGCAAUUCAGACGAAAUAAAGCUAAAAUGAAGUUUAUUUGCUUAUA